UUAUUGUGAAAGUUGCUAAGGAAACCUCCUGGUUUCUCCACGUUUGCCGUGUCCGGGUUGUGGGUUUUGCUUGCUUAUUUAUUUAUUUUGCAAACAGAUAUUUAAUGCUGACGGAAUAUUAUCUCUUUGCCACUAAGAGAUGCUUCGACUGUGAGAAAGUUUACUUCUUGUUCCGGAAGUCUGAAGGUAGAUAACUACUGCUAUCGUAAAACUCUGCAAUACUUCCGGGUUCCUCGUUUCUAUUUUUUCCCCAAAAUGCAAACUAAAAACUUUAAUGAAAUCUUCGGUGUUCUGAAGGAUUUCGUCCCCCCUGUUUCUAGUGGAACCCUGGUAGUGGUCCUUUGCUCCUGUGUUUGGUUUGGCAUCCAAACUUCACUCAGCCUUCCUCAGGACAGCCUCAGCAUCGGAGCCUCAGUUUUCCAAAGGGGCCACAUCCACCGCCUCUUUCUGUAUCCCUUCCAGAACCGAAGCCUCCCUCAGCUCCUCCUGAGCUCCACUGCUCUGCUGUUUCUCUGUGCCGGUGUUGAGAAGGGCUUUGGCACGGUCCGCUUCCUGUUCCUUGUCUUCCUGCUUGCCUCAUUCACUGGUGUGUUUUAUAGUUUCUUAGACCUUCUGCAGGAUGUCAGUGUGCACACCGAGGGUCUGCUGCCAGUGAUCCUGGCCUGUGUGGCUCUGACCACUCUGCACACAAAGAUGAGCAAGGCUUUCCUCUGUGGGAUCAGUUUUCCUGCAGUGGCCAUUCCAUGGGUCCUCCUCAUCAUCUGCACCGCCCUGAUCCCUCACAGUGUGCUGCUCUGCAAUGUUAUCGCCAUACUAAUCGGCUGGGUGUACGGGAAAGGCUGGCUGUCUUAUCUGGACCUAUCCGAAUCCAGGGCUGCCGUUCUGGAGAAGAUCCUGCCGUUUAAGUUACUGAGGAGGAUCAGUGGUGCCAUGUUUGUCCCUGCAUCCUCACAGAAGAGGAAGACUUUGCUUCCACGAAUAAAUCCCACUCCAGGAUCAUACCCAGUUCAAGCCUAUGCACCGCUGCCCAGCAUUUCCACCACGGCAACUCCAGAUACAAUGUUUGAAGGUUGGCCAAACUCUGUCGGCUUCAAGCCACCUCACAGUCUUCAUGGACAAGUUUCAGCUCAGAACAUUGGACACAAUCAUGGACAUUUCUCAGCUCAGAAUGUUGGACACGAUCAUGGACAUUUCUCAGCUCAGAAUGUUGGACACAAUCAUGGACAUUUCUCAGCUCAGAAUGUUGGACACGAUCAUGGACAUUUCUCAGCUCAGAAUGUUGGACACAGUCAUGGACAUUUCUUAGCUCAGAACGUUGGACACAGUCAUGGACAUUUCUUAGACCAAAGUAUGGGACACAGUUGCAACCAUAACCACGGUCAUAGUCAUGGGCCUGAGCAGUAGUUGUUUUUGUUUUGUGCAUUUGACCACUUAAUGAGACCUCAGACCCAGAGGUUCCCAAACUUUUUAGCUUCUGGCCCACAGAAGGGGACCGCAGUCAACUGGUGGAAUAACAUUACAAAGAGCAUCAACAGCCAAAGUAGUUUUUAUAAUUUUGAGCUCAUAAACAUUGGUGUCUAUUAAUUUCUGUACUGGAUUUGGGGGCCACAGCACAAACUUUGGAAAUCAAUGCUCUAACCUGUAGUGUUGAAAGGGAAGGACUGUCAAAAAACAACAUUGUUUUAAAUAAAUAAGCAUUUAUAAAUGUUGCAUUUACGUUUUAAUUUUUUGUUUAUUGGUUGUAAUAAAUCUUUCUUUUUUUAAAAGGCUUCCAACUAUGAUCAAGUAGAUGAUUCACGUCUCAGACUAUACUGUGUUUACAUCCAGUAUGACUGAAACAAUCAUUGAUUAUAUAUUAAUUUACAAAUUUAGUAAUCAAUUAAUACAUAUAUAUAUACUGUAUACACACACACAUCUUUUUUUUUUUUUAAAUCAGUGUUGCUUUUGGCCCCAGGACUUAUUUUUUACUCCCAAUUUAUUCGUCAUUGAUAGAUCAGGAGCCCUGAAGCAAAUGCAGUGGCUUAGAUGUUCUAGCUAAAUGUAGUGUGGUUAGUCCAACUGAAUCAUUUUUACGUCAUCCGAAUGCAUUUUUGCUAUCUCAUGUUAUUUGUAUUAUAGAUUUGAUGUUUAACAUUUCAAUGGGAAAAAAGGUCUUUAGAUAAUUUCAGGACUUUUCUACAGUACUAUAUUUGAUUAUAUUUGAUUUUUUUUUUUAUAUCUGUUUAAAUGCACCUCUAGUACAUGAUGCUCCCUUUACUAUAGUUUAGUGAAAUACAUUUUGAAUUAAGGAGAUCAUUAAAGUCAGUUCUCCAGUUCUACAACUUAAUUUUUGGAAUAAAAAUUUCCUAAAGAGCAAAAUAGUUGAACCAUCUGCAUUUUAAUUUAUUCUGGGAGCAAUUUGGACCUUUUAAUGUGCCUAGCAAUAAGUCCAUAGCCCUAAAACUGUAAAGUUCUUUAACAAACCUUAGAUCAGCUGGAUUUAUAUUUCAGAUUGGGGAUAAAGCUGCUUUGUAAACUUAACAGAUAUUUCAAGUCAGAAAAGAAUGGAUGCUUGUAAAAAGAAAACUCAGAAUUUUCAAUGCAGUUGUAUUUCCUCUGCUCAAGUAAUUAAAGUUUAAAUGGUGUCAAAAGGAAGAUUUUUUUUCAUAUGGAUGGACAUU